AUGAAGCAAUUGGUCACAAAAAAGAAAGAGGUUAUGAUUGAGGAUGUUGAUGGCUUGCAACACUGUAGUGCUGUUACUACUAGGUCCUUGUCCCAGAAAAAGAGUGAUCCCAGAGCAUUCACUAUACCAUACACUAUUGGGACAUCCCGGUUUUCCAAAGCCUUAAGUGACCUAGGAGCCAACAUAAAUUUGAUGCCACUUGUCAUAUUCAAGCAAUUAGGAUUGAACCCUCUAGAACCGACUUCAAUACAACUUUUGAUGGCUGACCGCAUGAUGAAGAAACCUCUAGGAAUUUCUUUUGAUAUGAUUGUGAGAGUGGAUAACUUUAUCUUUCCAGUUGACUUUAUCAUCCUGGACUGUGAGGUUGACACCGAGAUGCCCAUCAUAUUGGAGAGAUUAUUUAUGGCCAUAAGUAAAGCAAUGGUUAACAUGGAGAAAGGAGAGCUGAAGUUCAAAGUAAAUGGUGAGGAAACCAUGUUCAACGUCUAA